CACAAAACUGGGACUUAGGGUUGCAAAAAUCGCCACCAUCAAAACCCUCUCCCUGUCUACUAAGCUAUCUCUGUACAUCUGCAAACAUAUACAGGUUGAAUGGCGAAGGAAGAUGAGAACCCAACAACUCCAGUGGCGUCAAAGCCGAGUCCCAGUCCAAGUCCCAAAGACCAAUUUCCUUCUCAAACCAGUUCGUCCCACCCUAACAACAACAACAACAACAACAACAACAACAACAACAAUGACAACAAUUCUCCGCCAUUGAAGGAGCCGUUAAACUCCAAAGAGUUCCUGGUAUCGGUGGCCUCGACGAUCGCCUCUCAGCCUCUUCAAAACUCUGAUCCUGACGUCUGGGGUGUCCUCACCGCUAUCUCCACCAAGGCCCGUAAGCGCCACCAGGGUAUAAAUAUGCUUUUGAGUUCAGAUGAACACUGCAUUGGCCGACUAGUAGAAGAUGGUCGUUUCCAGAUUGUAUCACCUGCAAUUAGUGCAUGUCAUUGCAAAAUUUAUAGGAAGAGGGUUGCUAAUGAAGAUGUGGGGCAUCCUUCCAACUUCUACACUUCCAUUUUCUUGAAAGAUACUAGCACAAAUGGAACAUUUCUCAACUGGGAAAAGUUGACUAAAAGUAGCUCUGAAGCUAAACUCCAUCAUGGUGACAUUAUAUCAUUUGCAGCUCCUCCUCAACAUGGUAAAAAUGAGAUCAAAGACUUGAAAGCAUCAAUUUCAAAAUCUUACCUUGAUCAACAGGAAGAGUUGCGCCAGUUGUUAGAUGCCAAACAGAAGGAACUAGCGGAGGUUAAUAGAAUAUCCGCUGAACAAAAACAUGCUAUGGAGAAUCUUACUGAAAGACUUGGUGCUUCUAUGCUGUCAUGUACUGAAGCAAAUGAAGUCAUAAAUAGGUGA